CAAUGUCAAAUCGAUUAUCGUUCACGGACAGAGAGAAGGUUCUCCGCUUCAACAGUGCUUGAACGGCAACCUUAGCUUCUGUCUUUCAUCGCAAUUACCUACUUUUAAUUCCGAUCAUUAAAAAAACCCUAAGAAUUUUGCUUUCUUCGCUGAAAAAAAAAGCCGUAAAUCCUUCGCUUGAAGCCGUCCAUCAUCGCUAAAUUACAAAACUAAACCAACGAAGCAACAUGAGCUCUCAGGUGAGACAGAAUUACCACCAGGACUGCGAGGCUGGCAUCAACCGCCAAAUCAACCUGGAGUUGUACGCCUCCUAUGUCUACCUGUCCAUGUCGUACUACUUCGACCGAGACGACCAGGCUCUGCACAACUUUGCCAAGUUUUUCCAUAAGCAGUCCCAUGAGGAGCGUGAGCAUGCAGAGAAACUGAUGAAGCUCCAGAACCAGAGGGGAGGAAGAAUCUUCCUGCAGGACAUCAGGAAACCCGAGCGUGACGAGUGGGGCAGUGGUGUGGAAGCUCUGGAGUGUGCGCUACAGCUGGAGAAGAACGUCAACCAAUCCCUGUUGGACCUGCACAAGGUGGCUUCCGAUCACAACGACCCUCAUAUGUGUGACUUCAUUGAGACCCACUACCUGGACGAACAGGUGAAGUCCAUUAAGGAGCUUGCUGAUUGGGUCGCUAAUCUGCGCCGUAUGGGAGCGCCUCAGAACGGCAUGGCUGAAUAUCUGUUUGAUAAACACACACUGGGCAGUGAGAGCAGCUAAACCCCUGCUACAACGCGAUAUACCGUCCUACCAUCUUAAUAUUUUUGGUCUAAUUAAAGCGCUCGCUGUUUUCAGCUCCCCCCCUGCUUCUGUUGCUGAUUCUUGUCAUUUACCUUCCUGUGUGUGUGCUAUGUUACUCCUGAAGUUGUAUUCCAAUCAAAUAAACAAAUCGUUGGAUCCUGUA